GCCGAAAGAUGCAAAGGUGGCUAGUAUAAGGGACUGGCCACGACCUCAGACUAUUACUGAGGUCAGAUCUUUCUUAGGAAUGUGCGGUUACUAUAGGAACUUCGUGAAGAAUUACUCUACAAUCGCCUCUCCUUUGACUGAUCUCACUCGACUUGACACACCGUGGGAGUGGAGUGACGAGUGUGAGGCUACUUUCAAGCGAUUGAAGCAUGCCCUCAUGAAUCAUGAGGUUCGCAUGGUGCCCGAUCCUCAGAAGCCUUUCAUUGUGACCACUGACACAAGCCAAUACAGCAUUGGCGCAGUGCUGGCUCAGCAAGAUGGGAAGAUGAGACCGAUAAAGUAUAUGAGCAAGAAAAUGCCAUCAAAGAAACUGGCAAAGUCCACCUACGAAAGGGAACUCUAUGCCCUCUACAAGGCACUUGUCUAUUGGAGGCACUUUCUGUUGGGGCGGUUUUUCUAUUUGAGAACUGACCAUCAAACCCUCAAAUGGAUCAAGACUCAACCUACUCUUUCUGAUGCACUCAAGCGUUGGAUUGAGGUCAUAGAUCAGUAUGACUUCAAGCUGGAGUAUCUGAAGGGAGAGUACAACAAGGUUGCGGAUGCGCUGGCACGUAGGGCAGACUACCUAAGGGCGCUAGUUUCCAAAUUUGGCGUAUCUGAGGAAGUAACUCAAUCAUUGAUGGGAGCCUAUCAGGAAGACCCUGUCACGAUGGAUAUCAUACGCAAACUGCAGGGGAAAGAUAAGGCCACAGAAGAUGAGUUUGUGAUCGUGAACGGCCUACUCUUUCUUGAAAAGGACGGGUUCAAAAGGAGUGGGAAGAGGCACAUCUUCGUCGUAGUUGACAGGUUUACCAAGUAUGUGAGACUAAUAGCCAUGUCGAAAACAGCAAGGACUGAGCAUGUCAUCAAGUUAUUUAUGGACAACUGGUUGUGUGACUUUGGGCUGCCUAAGACCAUCGUUAGUGAUAGAGAUGUCCGCUUUACAAGUGAGUUCUGGAAGAAGACUGCUGAACAGAUGGGCAAUCAACUUCAGAUGGCUUCAGGGAAUCAUCAUAAAGCCAACGGACUGACCGAACAAAUGAACCGGGUUGUAAAGCAUCCGCUGAGGCAUUACAUAAAGCCCAGCCAGGAUGACUGGGAUGAGAAAUUGCCUCUCAUCGCCAGCCUGUAUAACAACGCCGUGCACAGCACUACUGGCGUCAGUCCAAAUCAGUUGCACUUCGGAUGGAAGCCUAGAUCUGCCCUAGACUUCCUCCUGCCAGAAAACCGACCUGUUGCAACACUUGGAACCAUGGAAUACGGUGUCCAGUAUGAGAAGUUGCUGCAGCAAGUUGUCGAGCACAUCAAGAAAUCCCAGGAAGUCAUGAUUGCUUCUGAGAACAAACAUCGUCGACAAUCCACAUUUCAGGUCUUGGAAAAGCCAAGAGAGGCUAACUUCAAGAUCAAUGCGAAGAAGUGCAAGUGGGCCAAGACACAAGUCUUGUACUUGGGCCACAUCUUAGACGGAGAUGGCAUUAAGCAAGAGGACAGCAAAAUAGCGAUGAUUAGAGAUUGGCCGACAACCCGCACACUAGCAGAGUUGCGGUCGUUCCUAGGUCUGACUAACUACUACAGGAAGUUCGUGAGGAACUUUUCGAAUAUCGCCGCUCCCCUUCGCCAGUUGCUAAAGAAAGCAACAAUCUGGCAGUGGGACAAAGAUUGUACGUCCGUGCUCAAGAAGUUUAAGCGCACGUUGAUAGAGUACCCUGUCCUCAAAGUAGCAGAUCCGUCUUUGCCAUUUGUCGUCACCACGAACGUGAGUCAGCAUGGUAUAGGCGUCGUGUUACAGCAAGACGGCGACAAUGGCUACAGACCCGUAGAGUUCAUGUCAACGAGGAUGCCCUCAAAGAAGGUAAGUACCUCGACUUACGAGAGAGAACUCUACGCUCUCAGGCAGGCCUCAGAACACUAGAAGCAAUACCUGCUUGAGAGGCACUUCAAAGUGUAUGGGAGGCACUUCAAAGUGUAUUCACACCACGAGACUCUUACGUGGCUGAAGACACAAGCCAAAAUGACACCUAAGUUAACUAGGUGGGCCACUGAGAUAAACCAGUACGACUUUG